AUGAUCCGAACCAAGAUGAGGUCGACAAAUUUCUGUGAGUCAUAAGCACGUUUUAUUUGCUUGUGUCAGUAUUUUUCUAAAAGAACCAUUAACCAGCUGGACUGAUGUCCCUUUCCUUGAUGAUUUCUAUUUACUUUAAACGUCUGAUAUUUUGGAGGAAUCAUAAAAUUGCAAUGUUUGUUGACUGCUGCCAUUUUGUCAUAAUCCGGCUACAUCUGUUUCUAUAUUCAAGUUUUACUGGGUGAAUUACAUUCCGAAGAAUGGUAAUCUAAUCGUUUUAUAUUGUCGAGAAAUAAACCUUGUUACAUACAAAGUUAGACUUGGGAUAUUUUUCGGAUUCUAGUUAUCUGUCACCCUGUCGUUCUAGCAACGUAUAAAACCAAAAUAAAAUAUUUUUACAGAAAACUGCACUACUGAACUACGUUAAAAUAUAGUUUGGGUAUAAUUAUACCAAAAUGUAUGUUAAAUAUAAUUAUUAAAAAGCAAAUAUUUGCUUUUAAAUAACGUUUAUACCAUGACGUAUAUACUGGGGAAAGUAUUAAACCUUAGUAUGUAAAUUGUCGACAUUGGUUCUCCACUGGUUUAGACUUGGGUGAAUUCACUCACACAUCAAUGUGUGCAUAUUAAUUCAUGUGUAAAACCAUAAGCCCUGUUUUAAAACGUUAUAUCUUUUCAAAAACUCUGCCGGUAAUUGCUUUCCUCAGACGUUUAUGAACUUAGAAAACAGGUAGGGGAGAAGCGCGUUAAAAAUGACGUCCAUGGGGACGACUGUGUUUUGUCCGAAGUAUUUCAUGAAACAGCUUUUCCACCUCAAUUACAACAAGAGUGUAUGCACUGAAAUUUGCGUUUACAAAAACGCAAGCUAGACGUCUGGCUUAUCUUGUUCGUGUAAGUAUAUUUCCUUCAACUUCAUAUUUUGCUGAACAUACUGUCAUCUGCGAUUAACGCGACAUUUAAAAGACACUAUAACCACUUCUGUGAUUUUUGGGAGGUUUUAAUCUGAAUCAGUCGAAUGUUUUGUACUUGCGCAGCCUGUCAUACCAAGCAUUUCAUUAUUACAACUGAAUUCCUUAUUAACAUUGACCACCGCACAUUUUGAGUUGUAUUGGUAAGGCUAAUGUUUGAUUCUUUUAAAAGUCUAUGCCCAUCAAAUACGAUAAGCGUCAAUAGUCCUUUGUUCAUUUCGUUUGACAGUUUCAACCUAUGUCAAACACAUGUGAGAGUAAUAAUGGGGACAAAAACGUGAUCACUUGAAAUAGCUUAAAAGAGGAGAUCGUCAAUCAAAUAUGGCCGCCUGAGGUCCAAAAUCGGACAAAUGACUAAGAAACAAAUGGUGAUCAUGUAAAUUAGAACAAACCGCCAAAUUAUUGGCAGUAGUACUCCUCCAUGAUGCAAACAGAAAAUUUUUUGUAUGGGACAAAAUUGCACUGGAAUUCCCCAUAGCCUAGUUACUACAAGGCCACUCAAUUAAGACCAUCAAUAAAACUUUGAAUUGUAAAAUUUUUCUGCGCAAUUGCAUACGUGUGGGUCAUCUGUAAUAUUUUAUGCAGCACUAUAAAGUUCCAUGACGUUAAGGAACUCAUUACAGUAUAUGUGUCCGAAAGGUUGGUGCUUACAGUUGGCCAGUACUUUCCCUUCAUCUUGUCUUUGACUACGGUUGUUACAAACGCGCAAUGCUGAUGCUAACCCAAUGAAUGCCGCGUGAGGCUAACGAAAAAUUGCUACGAUAUCUUCCCUGUUACGAGAUGUGCGAGGCGGAGUGUUUCAUCAGAUGUAGGAAUAUGUGGAUCCAACCCAAUGUUAUUUUAUAACCACACCUCACAGGUUUGCAUAUCCUAUUCGGUUAAUAAUUGUAGACUAAACACAUGGAACAAACUCCCUGAUGCGGUGGUUCUUUCCAAAUGUGUCGAAUCCUUUAAGUACUGACCAGAUGCUCAUUUGUUGAGAAACUACUGUACAUAUAAUCACGAUUGUUUUAGCGGCGGCAGUUUGCGCCUGGCUCACACUUGCCAUGAACUUUUGAACUCUCCGCAUUUACUGAUGUAAUUGAUGACAUUAUUUCUGUUUAACGAUAUGAAUAGGGAGCUCAAGGGCGAAAGCCUCAUUCCUUUAAUAAAUUGACUAUCUUAACUUACUAGUUUAAUUCCCUUAAUAACGGCAGGGAACUUCGUUAGGAACCCUAGAUUUCAGUCUUCCCUGCGCAAGUUUUGUCUUCUGAAAGUCUAUGGUUUCCAAAAACACUUUCAUUGGCAGUCGCUCCAGCAAAACAAGAGCGCUUUCUUCGCUCGAGUUAGACAUAUGAGUUCUGAUUUUUCAGAAAUGAGUAUAAAUUUGGAUCAAAAACUAAUUAACAUGUGCAGAAUUUGCAGUCGCGUGUGAAAUGCACAUAACUAGCUUUUGCUGUAGAGGUUGUGAGCAGAAGUACACAAGUGCGUCAGAUUUUCCAUUAAGGUACUUUUUGAAGACAGAUGCUCAAUUUAUUCUGAAAAAGUAUGCAGUUACUACCUACGGUCGCAUUUUGGAGCUAACAUUCCAACCCUAUGCGGGGUGGAAAUCUCGGUUAUACUAAAUACAACGUGGAUGGAUAUGCCGGUAUUUUUGCCAAAAGCCAUCAAUGAUGACUUGUUGGUCAUCAAAAAAAGUCGCCUAGGGUGGCACAAUAUUUUUGAACUUACUGUAGAUCAUUGCUGUGGCAUCUUGGCCGUGUUUACGAAUCUUAAAGGUCGCAUGCCUAGUGUGGCCAUAAUACUCUGUCGUAGGCACUUUUUAGACACCAACUGUAAAGCGUGUUUUUGGCCACGCACCUGAAAAUUGCAACUGUCAACAAAACGCAAAAGUGCUUAAAAUGAGAGGUAAUACUGCGGUCAGUUCUCUUAAUUCGUUUUUUCUUGGCGUGAACAUAUAAGGACACAACCACGACUUUUAAAGCUCAAAAUGAGUAAACCUAUUGCUGCUGAGGUCUACAUAGUGGACAAGAAUAGAAAACCUCUAUUUUACCUAGAAACCAAUUAUUUCGCGCUGCAUCGUUACCUUUGGUCCCUUUGUGGAGAGCAUUCAGUAUUACGGACCGACAGUAUAGCUGUAACUUUGUUUGGCGGCACUAUAGAAAUAACUGUCGAAGCCAACUCUACUCCUGGUUUAUAUUUUGCUCAACCUAAAGUUGGUUUUUUAUUUUCCUCUCAGUCAACUCAUACAAUCCUCAAACAGUUUUUUGUUUAGCUUAAAUAAUAUGCUAAUGUCUACCCAGUAUAAUUAGGCAAUAAACUUUAAAAAUGAUGUCAGCAACGGCUAGAAUCUGAAGAAAGUAAAAACUAAAUCCACUGGACUCGAAGUCGGAAGAAAUCAUCGUUCACUGGUUCCUCUGCGCAGGCGCAAAACUCCGAAUUAUUACAUUUUAAUGCAAAAUGCUUUUUAUUAAAAUCAACUUUUAAGCAUUUGAGUAGUCUCUUUGAAAAGGAAAUUUACUCACACAAAGCUUAAAGCUAUGCAUAUUGUUGUACAAGACCAUCCGUCUCCCUAUAAUUAACGAUACUAGAGCUUUUGCCGUACGGGCUUUUUCUGUGUUAUUAUGCGCCGACGUUUGCUCACCGUCAUAUGUGUGAACCGCAAAAUAUUACAAACCUGAGCACUGCUGUUAUUCUCUGAAUACGUUAUUUACUCGUAUAUAUAGGCGAUACGCCACCUUUUCGUUCAGCAUUGAAACGUAUCGCUGCUAUAUGCUUCCAAUAAGUGUGUACUCUGUUUAUCAGACUGGCAUAACCGCGAGUUUGUUACACAACGGCAUCGCCUCCUUGGACAGGCACUGCACAGGCUGCAUUGGCCAUUCCCUGCAUGUCCAUUUUCGGCCAGAUGAUCGAAAUUUGACUAUAAACGUGGAUGUUAGAAAAGCAGACCUCUCCUUCUGAAUAUGAGCAUAUCGCAAUUAUUUUAUCACCGACUACAAAUAAUGUACGCUCGGAAGCCGAUUGGCCUAGGGAAAGCGCGCGCAAGUAACAUGUGCGGUGACUAUGAACUUUGUUUCGUUUGCCCGCUGGAGUUAGAGUCACCAUCCCGAGGCUCUAGAUUUACAUUUGCUGGAGACCGUAAAUGAACGUUUGGCAGGCCUAUCGCCUUAAUGUUGCUGCCCUGCUUUGACAAAACCUAUAAAACGCGACAUAUGGUCAUAUGAAUGUGCUGCAUACAUGAGCACGGUCGUAAUAUGACGUAUUUUCUUAUGUCCACAUACAUGUACAAGGCUCGUUUGUGUUUGCAGAUUGAUGUUACUCAGUGUUUAGUUGCUAAACAAUUUCCAUUGGCUCCUUGGGGGCCGUAAGCAACUAGUCUCCCUUAAACGCAAUGCGAUACUUUGUUUCUCCAAGUGUCUAGUUUAUCUCUUUUAUCUUAGGUAUAAGGCUGGACAAGUUUCUGCCGCUUCCUGUGAGAAAGACAUUGGGCGUUAUUUUUGGCGUAGUCGAGAUGCUAUUCUUCGGCGGCAUAAUUUUUGGAUUUAACGCGCUCUAUCCAGUUCUGAAGACGGAACGCAUCUACAGUCAUGUCUGCAAUAACAGCCGCUUGCCCAUCGGUUGCGCUGAACAGACAGCGGUGUACGGCUACGCAUUCACCACCUACACAGUACUGCAAAUGAUUAUGCUUCUGAUAAUCGGUCUGGCAGUGGACAAUAUCGGAUUGCGAGUGGUUAAGUUAUUUGCCGCCUCGCUCUUCGCUCUCGGCGCACUGCUCUUCGCAUUUACUUCAGCCAGCCACUCCUGGCUCCUGUUUCCAGCAGGUGGUUGUAUCUCCGUUGGUGGAAUCGCCCUCUUGAUCUGCAACUUUUCAAUUAGCAAACUCUUCACUAAAGCCUCUGCUCUUGUCUUGGCUUUAAUUACCGGCUCAUACGACUCGUCAGCCUCCGUAUUUGCCGUAGUUUCAAUAGUCUACGAGGCCGGUAUUUCCUUCAGGGCGAUAUUCUUGACGAUAUCCAUUGUCAGUCUACUUCUCAACGUUUUUAGCAGCCUCCUCAUUCUCACGAACAAACUGGAAGACAUGUCAAAAUUUAGCACCCCCCACGUUCUUGCUGUGCCACUGACUAAGGAAGACAAACUUGAUCGAGAGGACGGAGAAGGACUUGACGAAAAAAGCGCCCAGGUUGUCAUGCAAAAGUUUUUUUCAAAAUUCUGCGUCGAAACCUUUAAGUAUUAAAUUUCUGUGCAAAACUCGGCCUUUACCUCUAUUCAAAUAUCGACUAUAAAUCAGGUUUGUGCCUCCAAAGGGCUUUUAACGCAAGGAAUUCUUAGGCACAGUUGAUUUUUAUAGUUCUUCAAUGGUACGAUUAUUUUGGUACGGUUGUAAAUUUUCUCUACAGUUCAAAUGCCCUUGCAAAAUUCUUUUCCAAACUGUAUCACCCCAAAAGGGGAUAUUUAGGAAACUGUGAACAUUGUACGUGACCUAGCAAAAUGACAAAAUAUCUUUAAAGCAGUGUUCUGGAAUGCAGUACGAUUAAAGGACGAAAAGUUCUUCCGUGUAGCUUCUAUUUUGUAAGGGGCAGGUUUGAAUCUAAAACAAAUGCUAAUGCUGUGUUCUAAGAUAUGAAAGGACAGUAAUUUUUAAUGACGUUUAUUUUCCUAAAUCAAAGUCAAGGUCAUGUAUUCAUAGUAGGUUUUAGAAGUGUUUAUCAAUUUACCAAAAUCUUUGGGCCCAAUUUACCAUUUUAGUUGCGUUACAAGUUUCCAAAAUACAACUGUAUGCCUUAUAUGUAGGACAAAUCGAACGAUCCCAUAAGCUACUAAGAAAUUACCAUAUGGAACUCAUAAAAUUUUGCAAGGGUAAUUGACCACGUUGUUAACUUCAGAAGAAGCGCUAAUAAACGGACAAAGAUAAUGUUACUUCAAUACAAAUUUCCCAUUAUAAAAAAUCCCACAAUAACAACUUUGGAAAACGAAAGUUUAUCUCUUAUGAGUAAAAAAAUUUAGGAAGAUGGGGUUUGUUGUCAGACGCGUGAAAAAGGGGAUAUUUUUGUAUGUAUAUUGUACAAAAUGUAUUCUAAUUUAAAAGGGUCUCAAAACUCACUCGAAAAAUGCAUUCUACUUAAGUAACUACUUUGUAACGGCCGGAAAGAGGCGCACUCAAAAGUCGACAUCCUAGGAUGACUGAAAUAUCUCGGAAUUAUGUUGCAUGCUAAUCGAUGUUGCAAUCCUGCCUAGGUAAUCAUGUCCAGUCGAAUAAAACAUCUCAUAAUUUCGGUAAAAAUUUCAUCAGAAACGCCACAUAUCAUAUGUAUUAGUUAUAGAAUCCACGGUUACAGGUAGCAGAUAAACUACGUUAUGCGUUCCAUAAGUAGAACAUUUCGCGGCUAACGUGGUGGAGAAAAACGGCUUACGCCGUCGUUUUUUUUCUUCUGCCUAGGUUGGGAAGAUAACGGUAGAUACCGCCUCAGGCGAUAACCGCGCGACGGUUGAACCCUCUGCAGACGAGGAGGAACAGAUUGCCAACAUUCUUCACCGACGCUUCCCCACCGUGACCAAAUCUCUCGUUUCCCCUCCUUUCUUACUAGGCCUAUUAUUCUUCUCUUGUUCUCUUCUACGAUUUACAUUCUUUCUCACACAACUCGGUAUCCUGAGUCAGUUCCAUUUUGGUCAAACAGACGCCGUGGACCGGAUGGGCAGAAUUCUUUCUUUUGUCCUUGGUGGCGGAAUCAUAGCAGGCUUUUGUUGUGGCUCGACCAUCGAUGUACUGCGAGCUACAUUCAGACCACUGAUAUCUCGCGUACUGACCACAAAACAAGUAGGCUGUGGCAGAAAGGUGACGGCAAGCGAUUCUGCGGUUUUUUGGUUGCUCCUCUGUCCCCAGUCGAUCGCCAUGCUUGUUAUGAUCUUGGCCACCGUAGUAAGCAGCUGUCUCGUUUUUGUGCCCAAACAGGAGGCUUAUCAUGCAAACUUCUUCUUCAUAGUUAUCAUGCGAGGCUUCCUCUUUAGCACUUUUGCCUCCUUCCUUCUUACCGGCUUUCCUCUUGAACAGUUCGGAACUCUCUAUGGAAUCAGUGCCUCUAUCGCGGGGGCAUUUUCCUGCCUGCAGUACGCACUUUUGCAACCCCACCCUGAUGUAGCCAACGGCAUUUCACUUGUUUCUGUGGUCUUCAUGCUCAUUUUACCCGUCUGGGCCCUGAGUAAUGCCGUGAAGGCCUUCAGGAAGUCUGCGUGUCGUACGCAAUGCGAAACAACAUAG